GUGAUAGUCAGCAAUUCAGAAAACAAGGAGAAAAAAUUUAAUUCUCAGCAAUAAAUUCAAAAAUAACCUAUUUACUAGUAGCUUUAAAUUAUAAUUUCAGUUUCCAUCUAUAGUUUAAUGUUUACAGUUUCCUGAUUUCGAGUUACCCCGUUAGAAUGUCCCUGCAAACGGGCUUGGUUUUCGUUUUCACCAUAUUAGCCUCUGUUAGUAUCGUCGCAGCAAUUAUUUUGUUGGGCUGGUUCCUCAUCUGGAAGGCGUUUCUAUCGAAAUUUCGUCUGGUUCGUGAACUGUUGGGUCAAGAAGAGCCGGAGGAGCAGCAGCCACUCGCUUGGGAUCACCAGAAUCUACAGCCACAGCAGCCGGGUAGAGCCAGGAAAGCUCGCCGAGAUUAGGAGUCAGCAAAGUACCCCAAGAAGAGCC